GCUCAGUACGCCUCGAACACUGGAUGCCUACUGGUCGUGGGAGAUGGCUGUGGUCUAUAUUUUUCUCAUCCUCCUGCUGGGUUUCGUGGGCUACGUCGCCUAUGUGGUCCACAAGAAGGGCAUCGAUCCCAAGGACAUCCGCAUCCAGAGCCUGCAGGACGCCAAGAAGCUGCUGCAGCCACCGCCAAGUGGGAUCGGGCCCCACAAGUACCUGGAGAAGCGGGCAUGA